UGGCCUUGACAACAGCAGUUGUUCUGAAGAAGUUCUCUGACUUGGCUAGUCAGGAGAAAAUGAAAAUUUCUUGUUCAGCUGUAACACAAUCUAGGUAAAUGCUUACAAGAAAUGGAUGAGCGACACUGGUGGAUUGCAACUAAGUUGCAGGAAACGUUCCAGAUUGAGGAAAAAGACAACACUACACACCUGGAGGAGUUCUUCCUGAAGCCUGAUAAUCUGGAACUGGUCAAUGCUUUCUUAACAGGCGAAGGGCUCUCCAAGCUGUUUUUCUACAUAGAUCUCAACAGCCAAGAGGGAAGAUUACAGUUGUGUGACGUGAAAAUUGGAGAAAACCUGGAAAAUGACAUUGAUCUUAAGCACACUCUCAUUUUGUACUUCCUCCGACAUAAGACUGACAGAGAAGUGGAUCCUGUUCACAUGGCCAGAGACAUUUUCUGUGGCCAGAUGAGGGACAGCCUUGUUGGGAGUCUGAGGUCCCAGCUGUCUGAGGUGUUCACUCCUCUGCUGCGGGUUCAGAAGCACUGGGGCAGCUGUCCCCCUGAACACGUCGCUCAGUUUCUGGCCGAGCUGGACAGAUACGCGGUUUCCCUGCAGGACUCUGCUGGAGCCGUCAGCCUGGAGAGGCAGCAGAUACUGAAGAAACCAACCAAGUUGGUGAGCCCUGAUGUCACACAAAAGAGAUCAGCGGCUUUCGAUUCUGACGUGAUUGGUGAGCAUGAGGCUCUUGUCUCUGAGUGGAUGAAAAUAAUCGAGCACAUCCUGCAUGAAGGAGGAGAUGACAGGGUCCUCGAUAUCAACACCAGCCCAUUCACUGAGCUUGAGCGAUGGAGGAGGAGACAGCGAACCCUGGAGUCGAUCACAGAGCAGCUUAGGGGGAAGGAGAGUAAAACAGUCAUUGGACUUCUUAUUUCCACCAAAUCUCGCCUGCUGAAAAAAUGGAAAGCUGUAGACAUAAGCAUUACAGAUGUUACCAAUGAUACAAAGAGCAAAGUGAAGUACCUUGAAGCCCUGCAGCGCCAUUUUGAUGCCUUGGCCCGUGAGAAAAACCCGGUCAAUCUAAUGGACUCUGUCCUGCCUGGAAUGAUUGUUGGGAUUAAACAGAUGGAUGCCAUUUCCCGCUCCUUCGCUCGAAACGGAUACUUGGGCAUCCUGCUCACAAAGGUGUGUAACCAAUUGACAGUGGCUUGCAGAGAGUUCCUGAAGGCUGAUAUAGUGAAAGAGGAGACUGACGACAGACUCUGGCACAGAGUAAAGGAAGAAAUGGAGAAAGGAAGCUCAAGUCCUCUGCAGCCUGGGUUUCCUCACAAGAACAAGGGGAAAGAGAAGAAGCCGCAGCUGUCAAUGCAAACACACACUCUUUAUGAAAGGAUUCAGGCUUGCCUGACCCUACAGGCCUUCUACUUGGAUGCAGUGCGUCAGUUGCGAGAUGCUCUGGGAGGUGCUCAUGGGAUGCAUCGGUUUUCCUCUUCAAGCUCCCUGUCAACCAUGCAGGGAAAACUGACCUCCUACUCGGUGGGCCGAGCUCCAAAAUCCAGCGUUCGCAAGGCCUCCGUGACAUCCAGUUAUGAUCACAGCCAUGAUUGCCAAGGGACAGGGAUAUUGCUCACAGAUGAAGAGACCAUUAUGCACAACAUGGAUACCCUCUGCUGUAAACUGAGGCAGUUUGCGAAUGUGAUUCUCACUCUUCAGCAGUAUAAAGAGCUAUCAGAGAGCACUGAAGGGCUACAGAAACCAAGCCAUGAAGACCUCUUUAUAAAUGACAACACUGAUGGAGAGAGCACUCAUGACCAGACAGAUGACCCACAAACAAAGGAAGAGUAUCUCGCUGUAGAAACAUUGAAGACCGACACCAUACCCCAUGGCACAGAACCCUACCAUCUUCAAACACUUAUUGAAGAAGAUGAAGCUCAGAGUGGUGGACUGCCCUCGGCUCACUCCGAACUCCAGUCCUUGAAAACCCUCCAGAAUGAAGGCAGUUCAGAACCUCUUCAGCCGACAUGUCAGGAGGGAGAAGAAGAGAAUGGAGAUGGGCUGACUAAUGAGGAAAAACACAUGCUUCGAAACCUGUACAACUGGGAAGAUCUGGACGAGGAGGGGGCCUCGCUGUCAGCGGUCAUUGGUGACUGUGUGAACAACAUGAUCGACACCAUGGCUUCUGUAGUCAGCACGAGCGUCCUCUUGGAUGUAGAGAAGAAAGACACAGACCAAUUUGAAGAAGCUUACUCGGACUUUCUGGUGAUGAACCAGCAGCUGGAGAGCUAUAUCUCAGUCUACAUACAAGCUCUCUUUCUGAGGAAGCUGAACACCAGAGAGGCUCUCUCUGUUCUACACAGGUUCUCAGUGGUCAGCCAGCGUCAGGGUAUUCAGCCCAUGAUCAAUGAAUGCUAUGUUGAAGCCUUAGAUUGGUUUUAUGAAGAAAUUAAAGACGUACAGGAGAUUUAUGAAAAAUACAAGGAUGACCCUGUCUUACCUAAAAACAUGCCCCCAGCCUCAGGUGCAAUUUAUUGGUCCAGGCAACUUCUCUCCAGGAUAGACGGACCUAUGAAAGUCUUCAAGGGGGUCAGAGUCGUUGCUUCCUCAUACAGCUACUCCCAGGCUGUCCAGCUGUACAACAGGAUCGCUGCAGCCCUGGUGGCUUUUGAGCACCUGUGGUACCAGAAGUGGAGAUCUGAAGUGGACGGGUGUCUUCUUGGGCUGAAAGCUACCCUGCUGGUUCGCCAUCCACUCACAGGGGAGUUCAUGGUGAACUGUGAUGAAAGGGUCAUUCAACUUUUUGAAGAAACAAAAUGGAUGAUUCGGUUUAGGAUGGAGGUUCCACCGCCUGCUGUGUUGUCUUUGAAACAGGAGAGGAAGUUUAAGACAUAUAGGAGCAAUCUGCAGGAUCUUCUACAAGAGCUUCAGAGUGUGAAGAAGGAAAUCCCAGAAUGCCUCACUACACAGUUUGCUUUUCCACUUGAAACUGUGGGUCGUCACCUGCAGCCAGGACUGUCUGUUCUGACCUGGAGCAGCAUAGACAUAGAGGCCUUCCUUCACAAUGUCCACACAGACAUCUCUAGGUUGAAAAUUGUAGUGGAGAAAAUAUCCGAAAUGAAAGCAGCUGUUAUAGACAAAACUCUUUCAGAUAUCCAGAAACUGGUGCUUUUCAAUGCUGAUGAGAUCCUCUUUGAGUCAAAGAGCCCACAAGAAUUUUUACACAUCUUAACAUCAUCUCUAAAAAUGAAACAGGUAGAAUUGGAAGAAAAGGUUAAAACCAUACAAACAGCCAUUUCAGACAUCAGAGCUGUUCUGAAGGUCAGUAAGGCUGCGUCUCAUCAGACACUGCCCAAAGGAAACCAGACUGCUUGUACAGCCUCAUCUUCCUCUAGUCAUCAUAACAGCGAUGACAGCAGCAGACCGGUUUCUGAAUAUUUCCGUGACCAGACCUGCAAGGCUAUACUGUGCUGUAUCUGCCAUUCUUUGCUGAUAUUGGCUCGGGUUUCUGGCUGUGACCUGGACAGAUUAGCAGAGAAGCAUCUCUGUCACCAAGAAGAGGGUUGUCCAAUCUACAACAGCUCAAAUGUCUCUCUAAGCACCAGAACUGAAAAUCUAACAAACACAGUUUUUCCAGACUCUCUGAGGUUCACCCUGAGGCUGAGACUGACCAUCCCCACAAUUGUAACUGACCCCUCAGUAGAAUCUGCACAACAUGCUUUAAUAGAGGCUGCUUCAGCGGUGAUGGACAUCACUGACUCUUUGAAGUGGAAUCUUGGGGAGGACAAGAAUGACGCCCUGCCCUUAGACGUAAGAGGAGAGGAGACAAUUCAGCACAUCCUAGGCCAUCUUAGUAAUGCGAUUAAUGGUUUGAAACCCCUGGUGGAGAAGCACAUUUUCCAGUACAGCCAAUUUGAUUUUCUUUGGAAGGAUGACAUGAACAGCCAAUUCAGUGAGCUGACAGAAACCAAUUGUGAAUUGUUCAUUAUUGUUAAAGAGGUGGAGCGUCUGCAAAAGAUUGAACAGAAGAUAACGGACAUUCCUUUGGUAUUUCAAACCGGAUGUCUUUGGCUAGACACGAGUCCCAUUAAAGAUGCUCUGAGGGGCUUUGCGGGAGUGUGGAAAUUUAGAUAUGCAUCGGUUUUACACCAAGAUGUCAAGAAAAGGCUUGAUGAAGUAAUCCGCUACAAGAAGGAAAGUGACCAGCAGCUGCUAGCUGAAGUCAUUUCUCUUGAGGAGUUAAACAUUUCCCUCUGCCUCCUCGAAGAGCUUCUUGACAUGGAAAACAAAAUUGAUGGCAUGUACCAGCCAAUCGAGAGCACGUACCAGCAGCUGGGAUCAUUCGAUCUUAGACUCCCGAGACAAGAAGUGAUGGAAGUAAUGAAUCUCAGGAGCAACUGGGCUGAGCUCAUGGCUUUGGCAGACAGAGUUAGGAGACAUUUAUUAAAAGACAAGAAAACCAUGUUUGAACAAGAACUUGAUAAGCAAGUAAAGGGUUUUGCGGUGGACGUGAUUCAGCUGAGGAACAGCUUCGACACCCAGGGGCCUGCUGCCCCCAGACUGAGUCCUGAGGAGGCUGUCAAAAAGCUGCAGAUCUUCCAGGAAAAGUUUCAAGUUUAUGAUGCAAAGAGAAAAACCCUCAACUCAUUGCAAAGACUUUUCAGUAUCACACCUAAAGCGUUCCCUGAACUCGACCGAACAGGAAAGGACCUGCUUGAGUUGGGUACCUUGUACGAGCUUUUCCAGAAGUUUCUAUCCUUCAACGAGCGUUUCAGAGAUACUCUGUGGGCGAAAGCAGAUUUAAAGCAGAGCAACGAAGAGGUUAUGAACUACUGGUCUCAGUGCCUGGCAGAAAAAGACAAACUGAAAGACUGGGAUCCCUACCAUGAAAUGGCUGCACAAAUCCAGUUUUACAUUGAUCGCUUUCCGAUUUUACACAAACUUGCUGCCAAGGAAAUUCGUAAUCGACACUGGCUCGAGGUGAUGGCUGUCACAGGCAGCUCAUUUCCUCUAGAAGCCACGGUUUUCAAACUUCAUCACCUCUUAGAUGUGGAGCUGAUGAAACAUCAGGCUGGCAUUACAUCGAUAGCAACAGCAGCAAGAGAAGAGCUCCAGCUGGAGGUGAAAAUGAGGGCAAUUGAAGAGGAAUGGACAGAACAAGUGCUGAGCUUCGAAGCUUACAGGACGAUGGGCCCAGUGCUGCUGGGGAAGGAGGACACUCUGCUGACCCUGGAGCAAGCGGAACAUGCCAGGCUCCUGCUGGCUCAGAUGCUGACCUCCCCGCACAUCGGCCCGCUGAAAGAGGAGGCGGCCUCCUGGACUGACAAACUGAAGGAGGUGGGAAACAUCUUGGAAUUGUGGCUGGAAGUGCAGGACCUCUGGCGGAACCUGGAGCCUGUGUUUAGUGACGCAAACCUCAGCAAGGAGCUCCCCCAGGAGGCCAAACGCUUUGCCAAGGUUGAGAGAACCUGGAUCAAAAUGAUGCACUCAGCCUACAGGACGAGAAAUGUCCUACAGUGCUGCUGUGCCACGGAAGUUCCAAAAGAAGUGAUUUUGCAGCGCAUGCGGAAAGAUCUGGAAGUCUGUUGUCAGUUUCUCUCCCACUUUCUGGAAAUGAAAAGACAGGCCUUCCCUCGUUUCUACUUCUUGCCAGAUUUGGUUCUGCUGUCUUUUCUCAGCCACCCAACAGAUGUCGGACUCCUCCGCAAUCAUUUUGGACUGAUAUUCAGUGGUGUGGCCAGUCUGGCUCUGGAGAGGUCCGAUAGCUGCAGCAGCAGCUGUAGCAGUGAGCCCGCAGACCCUCACUUCAGUCCCGGAGCAGCUGAGGGGCUGGAGUCAGCCAGUUACAGAAGUCUGACUCACAUGACUGACAGCGACAGCCUCUUUCCCAAGUCUCUGAGAUCAGUAAGCCAGAUAGCUGGACUCUCGCUGGGAAGUCCAAUUCCACUGAGCAGCAGGGAAGCCACUAAGGGAAUGAUGGCUGUGUCUGUGAUUGCAAAUGACGGUGAAUGCCUGCAGCUGGGUGAGGAGGUUCAUAUUUCUUCCGCAGUGGAGGAGUGGCUCUCUGAUCUUCAAAGCUCGAUCCAACAGACUUUGGAGAGAAGCAUGACCGAUGCAACCCUAGAUAUCAGCCAGGGAGUCGGCAUCGAUGAGUGGACAUACAAGCAUCCAUUUCAAAUAGCCAGGCUAUGUCUGCUGUACUGCUGGACAAGAGACUGUGAGGCUGCGAUUACCAAUGUGAAAUCAGAUCGGAAGGCCCUUCCAGGAGCUGUGAAGAAACACUCUGGGAUGAUUUUCAAGCUCUCCAACAUCAUCAGUAAGGGCAGCUGGAAUCACCGUGAGGAGCUUGUCACAGCCAGCCAGAAGCUAAAACUAGAAAACAUGAUCAUGUUUGCAGUGUAUCUACGUGAUGUCAUGGAAAGCUUAUCUACUCGCAAAGUUCGGGAGAUCACAGACUUUGAAUGGAGAAGAGCCUUAAGGGUUUACUCAGAUGAAAAGGAUGAUAAAAGACACGUUAUAUGUAUACACAACGCCCAGUAUGAAUGUGGCUAUGAAUUCUAUGGUGCUGAAGCACCUGUUAUAAUGACUCCAGCAACAGAGAAGUCUUUUCUUGCAUUGUCAUAUACACAGCAAAACCUCGGAGGUGCUGCAGUUCUGGGCGAUCAUGGGACAGGCAAGACAGAGACCUUGAAGGGUUUUGCUCAUCUCCUGGGGAAGUUCCUUCUCCUCUUUCACUGUUCAUACCAUUCAAAUCCAGCAUCUAUUACGAAGAUUUUACAUGGAGCUGCUAUGGAUGGAUGCUGGGUCUGUUUUGAUGAUUUUCACCUCCUGAAGAAAUCAGCUGUCUCUGCUGUAAUGUUUAAUUCCCAGACAUUAUAUGAUUGUCUUAAAGCAAAACUAAAUACCUGUGUUUUGGGAGAUGGGAAAGAGGUCACGUUAAACAGAAGCCUCAGCCUUUUUGUGACGGCCCACUGCAGGCCAGGGGGGGAAACUCUCCCGAGCGACGUCCGUGCCCUGUUCCGCACGGUGUCCCUGGCGGCCCAUGACCGCGCCGUGAUUCUCAGGGGAACUCUCGCCGCCUUUGGCUUCAAGAGCCCCAGAAUGCUAACCCACCGGAUUCUGCUCGUGUCCCGGCUCACCCAGGAGCAGCUCCCUGAGGGACUGCACCACCUCUUCAGCCUGGCAUCGCUGGUGUCAGUGGUUCAGAGAGCUGCUCAGAAGAAGGCUGAAAGGAGAGUAAGGGCAGAGGGGAGGCAGAACCACACCGAGGUCCGGAUGGGGGGAGAGAGAACCUCCAGGUCCAACAGUGUCACUUCUACUCUGCCCUUCGCUGCCACAGCUCUGAGUCCGUCACUUAGUCUAAAAACAGUCCAGAGCAUGGACAGAAAGACAGUAGCUACACAUUCCAAUGCCAUGACGUCUGCCGCCAGACUGGACCAUGCUCUGUUGGGAGAGACGCUGCACGAGUGCUUAGGCCCCAGAAUGAAGGGAGAUGACGUGAUGGUAUUCGAUCAGAUUGUCAAGGACAUGUUUGGUUGUCAGCUGGACGCGUCUGUCUCAGAGGGAUGUCUGCAGUCUGAGAAUGCCUUAGACGGGGCUAUUUUAACAGCUGCUAAGAAUAUCAGUCUUGUUCCUCAUGUGCCCUGGGUGAAGAAAGUUAAGCAGCUCUAUAGAUUGUCCCAGUGUCAUCAAGGCAUCAUUGUGGCUGGACCUCCAGGAGCAGGAAAGAGCUCCUGUAUCUCCACUCUCAUUCGGGCUCUCAAUAUGAUGCCUUUAGACCAGCAGGCAGAGUCACCAGGGAUUCCCAGCGAAGAGCAGAAAGAGCUACCCAGUCACAAACUGGUCAAAUUUAACCCCCAGGCAACAGAUGAUAGCACACUGCUUUUUGGAUUCCAGGCUCCUCACGUUUGGAUAGACAGUAUUGUUACCCAUGCGUGGAGAAAGGCUAUAAGGCAAAGUGGUAUUAGCUGGCUCUGCUUCGAUGGGACACUUACACAGACCUGGGCAGACCACUUCAGUAGUGUUUUAGAGACAAAAAAGGUUUUGCAACUGAGCAACGGAGAACAUCUUCCUCUUACGAGCAACAUCAGGCUUCUGUUUGAGACCUCAGAUUUGGAACUGGCCUCGCCAGCUUUAAUUUCAAGAGCGGGUAUAAUAUAUGUCGACAGCGACACAACUGGAUGGAGACCACUAGCCAAAAUAUGGCUAGCACAAAGAAAUGAACAAGAAAACAAGGUUUUAUCCCAGGCUUUCAACAGUACAUUGGAUCCGAUAUUUAAUUUUGUUCUUCAUGAUGUCAAGCUCCCGGUUCCCCUGACAGAAGUUGGCCUCUUUCAGACAAUCACCAGCCUUCUGCAGGCUAUGCUGAAUGACAAGGCCCAGAGUCUGGGAGGACCUCUACAUAUCGAGCGGCUCUUUCUGUUCUGUCUCAUCUGGCUGGUCGGAGGGUUGCUGAAAAGCAACGAGAAGAAGAAGUUCGGUGAAAUUCUGAAGGCCUGCACUGCAAACUUGCCUGACUGUGACGAUGAGAUCUCGGUGUUUGAUUACUACGUGGAUGAGUCUGGCGAGUGGGACCCCUGGCAGUCUCGUAUGUCCCAACACAGCUCCUUGAGCUCCCCCGAUGGACUCGGGGAGGUGUUUGUGGAAACCAUCGACACAUUAGCAGUACGGAUCUUUCUGGAAUAUACAGAUAUGGCCUCCCAGAAUGUGCUCUUGGUGGGAUCCCGUGGCUGUGGGAAAUCAGCAUUACUGAAUGAUUUUAACAACACACAAGAAAAGACCAACUUUCUCACAAAGAGAAUGAUAUUCUCAGGAUCCUCCAAAGCAAAAAACCUUCAGGAAAUGUUUGAACAGAGCAUUGUCCACAGGCAAGGUUUCUUAUUUGGCGCAAAAGAUGGUAAAACCUUACAGAUACUUAUAGAUGACAUCAAUCUGCCCGAGACGCAGUGUUGUGAGCUGUUACGACAGGUAUUGGAUGAUAAAGUGCUGUUCAAAUUGACCAAACCUUUUGAAAAGCGUCAAAUUGAGGAUGUUGUGGUUCAGGCCACCAUGUCACUGCCUGAAAGCCUCAGUGAAAACACUAUUUCUAGAAGGCUAUUGCGCCACUUUGCUGUUUUAUGCCUCCCACCCCCUGAAGGAUAUAAACUCAAUCAAGUCGUAUUCACUGUACUUCAGGCUAACAUGGCAAAAAACAACGGACAACAACUGGAAAACAGUUUGCACUCAGCACUCGUGUCAGCUUCUUGCAGUCUCCUGGAGUCUAUUAAGACAGUCCUUCGUCCUUCAACAGACCUUGGGAGGCAGCAUUAUGCUUUUUCCCUGAGAGAAAUGACCAGGGCUUUUGAGAGCCUUUGUAUCUUAUCUCCUGGGGAGCGGAAGAACGCAGAUGGAGUUAUUUCUCUAUGGCACCAUGAAGUCAAACAUAUUGUGGGAGACAGACUGUGUCGGCAUGCUGAUCUCAGCUGGUUUCAACAACAGCUAAAGAGCACCAUUGAACAGGAAUUCAGUAUGCACCAAUAUGACUUACAGCAGCAUUAUGUAACUUUUCCACUCGAUAAGACAGUCAACAAUCGGCUUGCUGAGGUACCGGAAUUGGAAGUAAAGGUGCAGUUACAGGCAGUGAAAGGAUUCCAGGAGGUGAAGAGCUGCGUUCAGUCUUAUGUUCAGCAGUAUAACAAGGAACUUGGGAACCAUGUGCUGGACAUUCAGCUGUCUGAGAACACACUGGCCCAUGUGGUGGGAAUCCACCGAGCCCUGGUAUAUCAGUACAGCGGGAACCUUCUUGUCGUGGGUUCACCAGGCAGCCAUCUGCGUACACUGCUGAAACUUGCCCUCUUUGUCAGUCACAUCCCUCUUCACAACCUGGAUGCCUCCCAGCCAGCUCAGUUCUUCAGCAGCCUUAAAUCUGCUGUUCGACUUACAGCAGAAGGAAAGACUGCAGCUUUACUGCUGACUGCUCGGGAGCUGACAGAUGAGUCUUAUUUGGAUGCUAUCAACAGUAUUCUCAUCAGUGGAGACUAUGUGCCACUCUUUACUCCAGAGGAGAUCCGUGACAUACUACAGGUUCUCAACCCUGCUCUUCCGCAAAACCCUGCUUUUGCUCGAGAUCCAAAUUUAUGUCUUGCUUCUCGAGUGAAGUCCAACCUUCACGUGAUCAUGUGCCUUCCCCCAGACCACACUUUGCUGAAGACUGCUUCUGUACGCUAUCCAGGAUUCCUGUCUGGGUGCCACGUGCUGUGGAUUUGUGACUGGAAAGAAGAAGCUGUUCUGCGUGAAGCUGAGCACUUCAUCAGCACCUGCGAUGUGCUUGAAAAUAUGUCUGAAGGGACAAGGAAGACGGUUGCCGGCGCCAUGGCCUCCAUCCACCAUCAGAUGUUGACAGAGUGCCAGCAGGUUCCCUGGGCUGGGCACUGUGGGCCCACACUGACUCUGGACACCUUCACUGCACAGAAGACAGAGAGCGACAGCAAAGAGACUGCGAAAACAGAAACUCUGACGGUUCCAAACCUGCCUUACUCAGCGGCUAUUGUGAAGGAAAGUAUCAGUGUGCUUCUCAAGAAUGAGCACAAGUCGGUGUACAAUAAGGUUUUCUGUGGACCCAGCACCUUCAGGCACUACCUGGAGACAUUCAGCCACAUCUACUUCCUGAAGUGCACAGAGCUGGAGAAGACAAGAACUCUUCUGAGAAAUGUGUUGGAAACUCUGGAACAAAGCCGGAUUGACGCACAGAAUACUCAAGACUCUAUAAAGCGCUUGGUUGUUCAGUAUGAAGAUGCCAAAUAUACUGCUUCCCAGUUGUUAUAUAAACUGUCAGCCAGAGCUUCUGCACUAGAACAGCUGAAAGAAAAACUAGGAAUAGGUGCAGAGAGCCUGAAGGUGUUCCUAGCACAGGCAGAAAGUGGAUCUGAGGAGAUUGAAAUGGAGGCUCUGCUGAAAGAUAGUGAGGAUGAAUUUGACCAGUAUGACGAAGCAUUUUUUCAAAUGAAGGAGGUAAACACCAAGUCUCAUUUAAGUCAGCUGGAUGAAGAUCUCAGAAUGGCAAGAAAUGAGAUGGAAGAAGCAAGAAAUAGACUCACCCAUGCCAAAACUCAGGUGAUGCACUGGUGUAAUAAAGUGGACAGGAGCUGCAUUGAGAGGGUCAGUCGUUGCCAGAAUCCGCCAUUUCUUUUGGCUCAGGUAAUGGAAAUGGUGCUGGUGAUGCUGGACUUGAUUCCCUGCCCAGCUGACACUGAACGUGAGACACCCAGACUGAAACAUCCAGGAGAAACUCCUGAGGCAGGACAUUCCCAAAAGUCAUCACGUGGAGCAAGGACUGCCAGGAGAUGGCCAGCCAGAGGAUUUGGGAAGAGCAGCAAUGAUAAGGUUGACCGAUCGUGGUGGAAAGCAUUACAAAGUCAUGUUGGUGACAGCAGCAAGUUUGUCGACAUGUUACAGAAUGUAGCUCGCCAAGAGGCCGGCCUGCCGAGCCAUGUGCUGGAGCGCGUGGAGUCUUAUCUGGGAAAGACGACAGAAGGGAGCCUGGGAGUUACUGGAGAAGGGUCCUUACUGGAGAACGCAGCUCCGCACGCCAGCCCUCAGAGCAUCGCUCCCGCGCGGAAGCUCCCGGCGGAGAGCGGCGCGCGGCGGGGCGAGAUCACCAUCGCCGCGGCGCGGUACAGCUCAGAGGAGGCCGCGGCCCUGGUGGCCUUGGUGGUGGCUCUGGUGGAGUACACCAAGCUCUGCGGACCCCUGAGGUCCACGCUGGAGCAAGUGCACGUCCUGGAGACGCAGAAGGAAGACCAUGAAAGAAGCCACCAGGAAACACUCAAGGACAGUGCCUCACUUGGGAUGUAUGGUUUGGCCAUGGCCAAUGCAAUCAGGAAAGUCAUCAGAAGAAUUAAGUGGAACAUCUAG